CUGUGUGUGUGUGUGUGUGUGUGUGUGAAUCUGAACCUCACCAGGACGAGAAUCCACCGCCAAGAUGAGUCAAGUACCAGCUAUAAAUGAAUUAAAGUCUACUAUGGAGAGGGCAGCUCAGAUGAAGGACGAAGACAAGCUUUACAAGCGCGAGGGAAUCCUGUACUCCUCGAUCCUCAGCCCUCCAGAGACCCUGGACAAGUUACAAGAGCUGGAGGCCAGAGAGGAUGACCUUAUCCUGGUGGCAUACCCUAAAUGUGGUUUUAACUGGAUGCUGUCAGUCUUGAGUAAAAUCUUGAAUGCUUCCACUGGGAAGAAUGAGAUCCAGCUUGAAAGACUCCCUCUGGUUGAGUUUUUACCUCCAGAUGUUCAAGAGAAACUGGCUGAAAUGCCUCCACGGAGGCUUCUGGGAACACAUCUGCACCCUGACAACAUCCCUCCCUCGUUCUUUACUAAGAAACCAAAGAUUCUGGUGGUGUUCAGAAACCCGAAAGACACACUCGUCUCUUACUAUCAUUUCAUGAACAAGAACCCGGUUCUGCCCAACGCUGGGCCGUGGGACAAGUUCUUCUCAGACUUCAUGGCUGGUGAAGUUGCCUGGGGCUCUUAUUUUGAUCACGCUCUCGCCUGGGAGAAACGUUUAGACGACCCAAACGUGAUGAUCGUGACAUAUGAGGAACUAAAACAGAACCUGUCUGAAGGUGUGAAGAACAUCUCAGGGUUCUUCAGCCUUCCUCUGACCGAUGAGCAGGUCAGCAGCAUCGCUGGAGAAAGUACGUUCAGCGCCAUGCUGGAAAACUCCCAGAAGUCUCAUGGCAAUACUGGCAGCAUCUUCUUCAGGAAAGGUGAGGUGGGCGACUGGAAGAAUCAUUUUUCUGAUGCCCAGAGCAAACAGAUGGAUGAGCUCUUCCAAGCCAAACUAGCUGGAACAAAUCUCGGAGCCAGACUGAAGUAUGACCUUUACUGCCAAUAAAUGUGACGACACCACGAGAGCCAGCGGACAGAGAAACGGUUCACUUCAGGGAUGUACGCUCAUUCACGCGGGCAGCUGAUUAAACUCCAUUACUUACCAUAAGAACAAAAACCUCACUGUCAUUAAACCUCAUUCUGUGAAUAUGAUAACAUUGAACAUGUUUGCAAGAAGCAAUAUUGGUCUUGGGUGUCCCCAGAAUGUGUCUGUGAAGUUUCAGCCCAAAAUACCCAACAGAUCAUUUAUUAUUACAGCUGUAAAAUGUCGUUUUUUAGGAUGUGUCAAAAAAAAAAAAAG